AUGGCAAAACAGAAAAGUACAUCUGUGAACACUGGCGCCGGCGCCGGCGCAAGCUCAGCUCACUGGACUGAUGAAGAGACCACCCGCCUUAUUCAAUAUCUUGCACUUCACCAUGCUGAAGGUGGAGAUGGUAUCAACUUCAAACAGGCAACCUUUGCCGCUGCAGUGGCUCAUUUGUUGGAGCCAUUGGAAUGCAUUCCAAAGGAGAAUCACGUCGCUGGGAACAAAAGGGACUGGCAAUCUUGCAAGAACAAAUGGAUCAUGGCUUUUCGUAGGAUGAGGAACUCAGCGCAAACAUUGGCCAAGCUGAUGCUGCGCGGUGGACUGCAUUUGCGAAUGCAUGUCCCGAUACGAAGCCCUUUCGCAACUAAAGGCUGGAAACACUUUGACAACAUGGAUGAUCUCUUCCAUGCCCAGAUCGCACAUGGCACCAAUGCUUUUCAUGCAGGCCAGGCAACCUUUAAAUCACAACAAACUCCUGACAAUAUCAGCAAUGAAGGUCUCGGUGUUGCUGUUGAGCAUGGGCCUGCAGUACCGGCACCUGUGAUAGGAGACUCAGGAGUCGAAGAAGAUGAGGAGAGUGGGAUGGUUGCAGGAAGAGAGUGGGACAAAGACGAAGAAGAUAUCAUUCCUUGGGAAGCAACUCCUCCCCCCCCACAAAGCGAAAAUCCACAGCUGCAUCUUUGA